AUGUCUCUGGGACGUACCUUCAAGCUGAACUCGGGCUACGAGAUUCCUGCCGUUGGCCUCGGCACUUGGCUCUCCAAGCCCCACGAGGUCGAGAAUGCCGUUGAGACUGCCCUUCGCAAGGGAUACCGUCACAUUGAUGCGGCGGCUUGCUACCAGAACGAGAAUGAGGUCGGAAAUGGCUGGAAGAAGUCGGGUGUGCCCCGCGAGCAGAUCUUCAUCACUAGCAAGCUAUGGAACACCCAUCACCACCCCGACCACGUCGAGGAAGCCCUCAACAAGACCCUCGCAGACCUCCAGACCGACUACCUGGACCUGUACCUGAUCCACUGGCCCGUCGCCUUCGCCCACACCAAUGAAACCCUUACGCCAACCGACCCGGUGACCAAGCGCUUCCAAAUAGCCGAUGUCCCGGUUGCCGACACCUGGGCCGUCCUGGAGAAGCUUGUUGCAGCGGGCAAGAUUCGGAGUAUCGGUAUUAGCAACUUCACCAUCCAGGCGACCAAGGACUUGCUGAAGACUGCGAAAAUUCCUCCUGCUGCUAACCAGAUCGAGGCUCAUCCUUAUCUGCUCCAGCCGGAGCUGUUUAAGUUUUUGAAGGACAACAAUAUUCUUCCAGUGGCUUACAGCCCUCUCGGAAACAACAUCUACAACCUGCCUCGUGUUGUCGACGACCCGACGGUCGUGGAGGUUGCGAAGAGACUGAACAAGGACCCCGCUAGCUUGUUGAUCUCGUGGGCUGUCCAGCGGGGCUCCUCCGUGCUGCCCAAGAGUGUCACUCCAUCACGCAUUGAGAGUAACUUCCAAGAUUUCGUCAUUCCCGAUGCCGAAUUCGAGGCUUUGAACAAGCUGGACAGGAACGAGCGAUACAACUAUCCCUUCCGCUGGGGUAUUGAUGUGUUUGGUGAACUUGGUGCUGCUGAGGCGGAGCGACGCGCUGAGGAGCAUGCUGCUAAGUUGAGGGAGAGCUCUUAG